CGGCCUCACACAGUAGGUGUAAUAUAAUCGCUGAGGUGGGCGCUCUGGAAGAAUUAUUUUUGAAGGCUUUUGCAUGAAACUUGUCCAAUGAGUCUGAGACGCCCAAGCACCAUUAAUUUUGGAGGAAAAAGAUGGAGUAUUGCAUGCUGGGAACAAGUGCUUUCCAUAAGGUACAGCAGCAGCUCAUGAUGCCCCGUAAAGCUUUUCUUUCCCAGAAAGAAAAGCAGGCUCGUGCCAGGGAAAGAGAUAUGUUAAAAAAGAGAAGGAGGCGACAAGACUAUCUCAAAAGAAGCGUGGACCCACAGAAAAAUGCAGAAACAAUAAAAUGGCACAGGGAUGAUGAGAAGAGGAGAGAAAAUGAGCAAGUUAAGGACAAAGAUAUCAAGAAGCGAUGGAGACAGGAUGAGAGAGAACGACGAAAGAAUGUGGACGCUAUGAAUUGGCGCAGGGAAGAUGAGAAGAGGGAAAAUGAGCGAGAAACUAUGUUCCAACUUCCUGUCAACAACCUUGGCAGUUUAAGAAAGGCCCGGAAAACUGUGAAAAAAAUACUUAGUGACAUUGGUUUGGAAUACUGUAAAGAACAUAUAGAAGAUUUUAAACAGUUUGAACCUAAUGACUUUUAUUUGAAAAACACUACAUGGGAAGAUGUAGGAUUGUGGGACCCAUCGCUUACGAAAAAUCAGGACUAUCGGACAAAGCCCUUUUGCUGCAGCGCGUGUCCAUUUUCCUCGAAGUUCUUUUCAGCGUACAAAAGCCACUUCCGGAAUGUCCAUAGCGAAGACUUUGAAAAUCGGAUUCUCCUUAAUUGUCCAUACUGUACUUUCAAUGCAGACAAAAAGACUUUGGAAACGCACAUUAAAAUAUUUCAUGCUCCAAAUGCCAAUACACCGAGUGGAGGCAUCAGCACUUUUAAAGAUAAAAACAAGCAUGAUAGCCUUAAACCUAAGCAGGCUGACAGUGUAGAACAAGCUGUUUAUUACUGUAAGAAGUGCACUUACCGAGAUCCGCUGUAUGAAAUUGUUAGAAAGCACAUUUACAGGGAACAUUUUCAGCACGUAGCUGCUCCUUACGUAGCAAAGGGAGGUGAAAAGUCACUCAAUGGUGCAGUUCCAUUAAGUUCCAGUACCCGGGAAGAGGGUAGUAUUCAUUGCAAACGAUGCCUUUUUAUGCCGAAAUCGUAUGAAGCUUUAGUACAGCACGUUAUUGAAGACCAUGAACGUAUAGGGUAUCAGGUAACAGCGAUGAUAGGUCACACUAAUGUAGUGGUUCCAAGGUCUAAACCUUUGAUGCUAAUAGCUCCAAAACCACAGGACAAAAAGCCUAUGGGACUCCCUCAGAGGAUGGGUCCCCUUUCCCCUGGGAGCGUUCGAUCUCUUUCGUCACAACAGAUGAUGAACAGACUCACUAUACCAAAGCCUACGUUAAAUUCUGCAGGAGUGAAUAUGAUGUCAAAUGUUCACUUACAGCAAAACAAUUAUGGAGUCAAAUCAGUACCACCAAGUUAUGUUGGCCAGCCAGGGGGAAGGCUGAGCUUAAGUGGCAAUGCACCAGUUUCUAUUCCACAGCAAUCUCAAACAAUGAAACAGUUUUCAAGUGGAAAUGGAAGGCCUUACACUCUCGGGGAGCAGAGAUCUCAGGCCUCAGCAAGAUACUCUCUUCAGUCUGCCAAUUCAACUUCCUUGUCAUCAGCUCAGUUGAAACAAACGUCGUUAUCUCAGUCACAGGCAGCUUCAAGAGUAUUAGGUCAGUCUGGCUCAAAAUCUCCUGUAGCUGCUACAGGUCCUUCUUCUGUCAAUACAUCUUCCACACAAAAGUGGAAAAUCUGUACAAUCUGUAAUGAGCUGUUUCCUGAAAAUGUGUAUAGCGUUCACUUUGAAAAGGAGCACAAGGCUGAAAAGGUGCCUGCAGUAGCUAAUUAUAUAAUGAAAAUCCACAAUUUCACUAGCAAAUGUUUAUACUGUAAUCGCUAUUUACCCACUGAUACAUUGCUUAAUCAUAUGUUAAUACAUGGUUUGUCUUGUCCGUAUUGCCGCUCAACCUUCAAUGAUGUUGAAAAGAUGGCUGCUCAUAUGCGAAUGGUUCAUGUUGAUGAAGAAAUGGGACCUAAAACUGAUUCCACUUUAACUUUUGAUUUGACGCUGCAGCAGGGUAGUCUCACAAAUAUACAUCUUCUCGUAACAACCUACAACCUGAGGGAUGCUCCUGCUGAAUCUGUAGCUUAUCAUGCUCAGAACACACCUCCAGUUCCUCCAAAACCACAGCCGAAAAUCCAAGAGAAGUCUGAUGUACCUGUGAAAAGCUCUCCACAAGCAGCAGUUCCUUACAAGAAAGAUGUGGGGAAAACCCUCUGUCCUCUGUGCUUUUCAAUCCUAAAAGGACCCAUCUCUGAUGCACUUGCACAUCAUCUGCGGGAGAGGCAUCAGGUUAUUCAGACGGUUCAUCCGGUUGAGAAAAAACUAACCUACAAAUGCAUUCAUUGCCUUGGCGUGUAUACCAGUAACAUGACUGCCUCAACUAUAACGUUGCACCUUGUUCACUGCAGAGGUGUUGGGAAGACUCAGAAUGGCCAGGACAAAGGUACUUCAUCAUCCCGGCUAAGUCAGUCUGCAGGGGUAGCCCCUGUAAAACGUACGUAUGAACACAUGGAAUUCUCUCUGAUGAAGAGAAGGAAAAUGGAUGAUGAUGACUCCCCCUCUGCCUUUGAGGAGAAGCCUGAAGAACCGGUAGUUCUAGCAUUGGACCCCAAGGGUCACGAAGAUGAUUCCUAUGAAGCCAGGAAAACAUUUCUCACAAAAUAUUUUAAUAAGCAACCAUAUCCAACUAGGAGAGAGAUUGAAAAGCUGGCUGCCAGUCUGUGGCUGUGGAAAUCUGAUAUUGCAUCUCACUUCAGCAACAAAAGGAAAAAAUGCGUUAGAGAUUGUGAAAAAUACAAACCUGGUGUGCUGCUUGGUUUCAAUAUGAAAGAAUUAAACAAAGUUAAACACGAAAUGGAUUUUGAUGCUGAAUGGCUGUUUGAAAACCACGAUGAAAAGAAUUCCAGAGUUAACGUUAGUAAGACUGUUGAUAAAAAAAUAAACAUAGAUAAAGACAAUGAAAGUUCAUCAGACAGCUAUGAGAAUAUAGAAGAGGAAUACAAUGAAAGCAGUAGUCCAUUUGGUCCACAUAUUACUGACAUUGGUGAGAAAGCUUCUCCUGAUAGCAUCGCAGAGAACCCAGAGGAUGGCAUAUCCAAGGAAAUCAUUGAAGAAAAUACCUCACCAUCUCCAGAAAAGUCUGAUCAAAAACAAGAAGAAAGCUCUAAAUAUGAGGAGAUUAUUUCUGCCGAAGGGCAGACAAAACUGGUUGGUGAUGUUUCAGAUAGUGAAGGUUAUCAGGAUGAUCAAGAUGAUGCUGUUGAAUGGAAAGAUGGAGCUUCGCAGUCUGAAAGUGGGCCUGGUUCUCAGCAAGUUUCUGAUUUUGAAGAUAACACGUCAGAAGUAAAACCAGAAGUGUGGACAGAUGAAUCCUCACAAAGCGAAGAUGCUGGCAGCAGUAAACCUACUGUAGAGACAAAAGGAGGUGGGUCUGAGAGUGAUGAAGAGCAGUCAAAGUGGAAGAAUCGUUCCUAUGGAAAAGUAGAAGAGUUCUGGGCCAAGGACCAGUCGCAAUGGAAAAAUACAUCAGAGAUUGAGGAGAGCUUGUCAAAUCAGCAGAUGGAAUGGCAGAACAGCACAAUUGACAGCGAGGACGGAGAUCACUUUGACGGUGUGACUGAUGGGGUAGCAGAACCAAUGCACAGCAGCUUAUCUGGUGUGGAGCUGAGCAGUCAGCAAGCAUAAGCUCCUCGACACAGAAGUGUCAGAGACACGAUCCAAUCUACAACUGUCUAAACACGUUCAUUUCAGUAUGACUGCUAAGCUGAAAUUCUGACUGGAACUGCCUUCCAAGUGCUGGGUCACGGUGCGUGGUGUUCGUGGCCACUGUUACUCCAGUGGUUGAGGAUGCCGUUGGCUGAUCUUGCUUGUGAGUACUUGCUGGGAUGAGCACAGUAAUUUAAUGUGAAAACAGAUAAGCUGGUGGCUCAAGAAUGCACACAGAGAAAAGCAGAGGUUUAUUUUAUCUGCGUUUUCACCAUUUAUUUCACUCUUGUACAUGUUCAGUUGUAUGUCUUUUUAAACAUUACCCUUUUUCACAUGGUAGUGUGUAGGGCCAACAUACAAGCUACCAGUUCAACGUGUAUAGUAGACUAUGGGGAAAUUGAUUUUUUUCAUGUAUCAUUCUGAAUAGUUGAAAUGUAUAUUUGUACAGUCUUUUAGACCUAUUCAAGUGAAGCUUAUGAAAUUGUUCUUGUGUACCCAUCAUAGAUUUGUUUCUCUUUUUUAGUGUUGCCCUGCUGUGUAAUAAAUGCUGUAUUUAGUUUACCUAGCAAAAGCUUGAAACUGCUAUAGUACGAAUUUUGACAAACUUAGUUUUUGCACAUAACCUUGUACAAUCUCAAAAACAGAGGCCAGCACCAUAAAAAAAUAUAUCUGGACUCUUAUUGUAUUAUAGAAUUUUCUUGUUCUGAGUAUCCUUGACAUUACAACUGAUGACAAACGUAUUUCAGAGCCAUUUUCUGAAAUCUUUUAAGCUAAAGAUGAAAAAUCACAUGCAAGAAACAAGUUUGCAGCUACUAAUUUUGACACCUUUUAGAUCUGUAUAAAAGUGUAUUGUGUUGAAGCAGCACACUUAAAACAACAGUGCUGUGUUUUGGAUAUUUAGUUUUAUCUUUAGUUAACACCAACAAGGUGUUGUAUUCAUUUAUACCAUCUAAUAUAUGACACACUGUUGUAGUAUGUAUAAUUUUGUGAUCUUUAUUUCCCUUUGUAUUCUUCAUUUAAACAUCUAAAUAAAUUGCUGUAUUGUGCUUACUGUAAA